GGCGUGGACCAUUCUUCAGAAUAACGAAGGCGUUUGAGCUGUGCUGUCAAGACGAUAACCGUUGUAUGUAUUACUACAGGAGAGCAACAUCUGUCCAGUGAAGUCUACAAAACAUAUCACAUGUAACAAACAGUUAUAUGACCGACAGCAUGGUCAAACAAACCCGACUCAGAUUAAGUCCGAGGCCAGUAACAUCAACAGCGAGGACAAACCCAGCCUGCCUCUCUCUUUUCACACUGAGUCCAAACGUACAGUCACUGGGUCCUGAUUGUGACAGUUGAGCCCAGUUUGCACUGCAGGAUCCAGAGAUGGCAUCAGUGAAGCUGGACGACUUCAGUCAAACACUAGAGCUGGAUGUCAACAUUAAAGAUGAAGAAGAGGAGGAGAAGAUUGGGACAUCUGUUUCUCAUGGUGACGUUGAGACAUUCUCUACAUCCAGAAAGCAGCAGGAAGAUCACAGAGCUAAGAUGUCUCACCACUGCCCACAUUGUGAGGAGAUUUUCCCAAUGCUAUCAAAGCUAAAAAUACACCUGAAAAUACACACAGGAGAGAAUCUGUAUUCCUGCACUGACUGUGGGAAGAGCUUCACAACAUCAAGGGCUCUGACAGUUCAUCAGAGAGUGCACACAGGAGAGAAGCCUUACUCCUGCUCCGACUGUGAAAAGAGUUUCUCCCGAUUGGAUAAGUUAAAUAGGCACCAACUAAUACACACAGGAGAAAAGUCUUACUUCUGCUCUGACUGUGGGAAUUGUUUUGCCCAAUUUAAUACCUUAAAAUCUCACCAGCGUAUGCACACAGGAGAGAAACCUUACUCCUGCUCUGACUGUGGGAAGCGUUUCUCUCAACUGGGAAGCUUACAAACACACCAACGUAUUCAUACAGGAGAGAAGCCUUACUUCUGUUCUGACUGUGGGAAGAGUUUUAGAACAUCAGGGGCUCUGACAGUUCAUCAGAGCGUGCACACUGGAGAGAAGCCUUACUCCUGCUCUGACUGUGGGUGCAGAUUCUCUCAACGGAGAAACUUAAAAAACCACCAACAUAUACACACAGGAGAGAAGCCUUACUCUUGCUCUGACUGUGUAAAAUGCUUCACAACAUCAUAUGAGCUAACAGUUCACCGGAGAACACACACAGGAGAGAAUCCUUACUUCUGCUCUGACUGUGGGAAGAGUUUCUCCCUAUUGGAUACCUUAAUCAAACAUGAACGUAUACAUACAGGAGAAAAGCCUUACUCCUGCUCUGACUGUGGGAAGAGUUUCUCUCAACAGAGUAACUUAAAAAGACACCAACGUUCACAUACAGGAGAAAAGCCUUAUUCCUGCUCAGACUGUGAAAAGAGUUUUUCCCAAUUGGAUAAGUUAAAUAGUCACAAGCGAAUACACACAGGAGAGAAGCCUUACUCGUGCUCUGACUGUGGGCAAAAUUUCUCUCAACACAGCAGCUUACAGAAACACCAACGUAUACACACAGGAGAAAAGCCUUACUUCUGUUCUGACUGUGGAAAAUGCUUCACAACAUCAUCUGAGCUAACAGUUCACCAGCGAACACACACAGGAGAAAAGCCUUACUUCUGCUCUGACUGUGGAAAAUGCUUCAAAACAUCAUCUGAGGUAACAGUUCACCAGAGAACGCACACAGGAGAAAAGCCUUACUCCUGCGCUGACUGUGGGAAUUGUUUUACCCAAUUAUAUACCUUAACAUGUCACAAGCGUAUACAUACAGGAGAGAAGCCUUACUCCUGCUCUGACUGUGGGAAAAAUGUCUCUCAACACAGCAGCUUAAAGAAACACCAACGUAUACAUAAAGGAGAAAAGCCUCAUCAGUUCUCUCAGACCAGCUAAGAUUAAAGUCCAUCACUUAAUUCUCAUGUCAUAAAGUAAGUGGUAACACUGAAUUGGAUCCUAUUGUUUCUCACUGUGAGAACUGUGCAGAGGAAAUGGAGAAUGUUAGCCUCUCUUUACUAAUCGGUGUACACCUGGUCAGUUUUGGUGUGUUUUGUUAGCUUCUACUGUAAAGAUAUUGAGAUGACCUUGGAUUUGUCCUUAAGGUUGAAUAACCUCUGCGGUUUCUCUUGUUGAAAAUACGGAGUCUGAUGGUUGACCUGGUGGUACUGUUUCCCUCUGCAGUUCUCUGUGGGAAUGAGCUGGUAGACACAACAUGUAUCAGAUAGAGAUGGUGUGAGGAUCAGUUCUCUGUGGGAAUAAGCUAGUAGACACAACAUGUAUCAGAUAGAGAUGGUGUGAGGAUCAGUUCUCUGUGGGAAUAAGCUAGUAGACACAACAUGUAUCAGAUAGAGAUGGUGUGAGGAUCAGUUCUCUGUGGGAAUAAGCUGGUAGACACAACAUGUAUCAGAUAGAGAGGGUGUGAGGAUCAGUUCUCUGUGGGAAUAAGCUAGUAGACACAACAUGUAUA